AUGUUGUUGAAGGUCUCGCUAUAUACUACUCGGCGGCUCAGCUCGAGUCUGCUACGGAACAAUUUCAAGCCAUCGUUCAAUGUUGAAAAAAUACCUGAUCUCAAGAUGAAGGAACAUGUCGAUCUUGAAUGGAAGCAGUGGCUACCAAACAAGGUCAAACUCGACAAGAGAGCAACACCAGUACUAUUUCUCCAUGGACUAUACGGAGGCAAAGCCAGCUUCAACAAAGUGGGACGAAAUCUAAGUGAACAUCUCGUGACUCCCGUUUACUCAGUGGACUUGCGAAACCACGGGGACUCACCGCAUGCACUCCCGCACUCGUACAUGCUGAUGGCCCACGACGUUGCCCGGUUUAUCCAGGAACGGCAAUGGGCCAAUUGUGUCUUGGUUGGACACUCAAUGGGAGCCAAGGUGGCGAUGCUUGUGAGUCUACUACAUCCAGAUUUGAUAUCAAAGUUGGUUGUAAUGGACAACACACCUCACUCCAAGCCGUUGGGGAGAGCCUUCUACGAGUCGCUCUUGGGGAUGUGUGAGCUCGAAGCUGGCGGAAUCGAUUUUGGAGCAGUUGGUUCUCCUCCAGCUUUGGGGUCAGGCGACGACCACAGACGCAAACAAGUCACCAAGACCACGGUGGUGGAUGAAUUCCUCUCCAAAUACGAAAAAGACGCACUGGUGCGUCAGUUACUAUUGAGCAAUUUCCGCUACAAGUGGAAAGGCAACGGAAUCACUUCCGAUGGCAAGCACGGAGAAGCGUUCCAGAUCCCAGUGUUGAACUUCUGGAAGCACGAUGUCAUUGAUGCCAUGUCUUCGUGGCCCGUCUUGGAAGUUGCGCAAUUCACCAAGCCUGUGUUGGUCAUGUACGGAAAAGAAUCGAGUUUUGUGAAGGAACGAUACCGCUCAAUUUUCGAAGAGUACUUUACAGACCUCGAGUUUGUAGGAUUUGAUACUGGCCAUUGGAUAUACCUGGAACAGCCUGCGCAAUGCACAAAAGUGCUUCUGAAGUUCAUAUCGGGGUGA